AUGGCCGUGGACACUCGGGACGCUAUCUUUUCCCUCACUCCCCCACCUAGUGACAUUGAUGAACGCGACAAAAGUGGUUUGCUGACUUGUUCACCCACAUUGACCUCGCUUUGCUAUCCAUCUCCAGCCCCGUCUAAUCGGGAACACACCUCCUCCAUCUCGUCAGACUCACUCUUCCUACUGCCAGAGUUAUCAAUUUUAGAUCAUCAGACUCAGCACUUGCACGACAUGGCUUACAACACCUCCUCGUCGGAUUCUUCUUCAUACUACGCCCUCCCAGCCGUCUCCGAUCCGUCAAUGUCUCAUUAUACUACCACUUCUGGAGGUUCCUAUGCUAUGUAUGAGCACAAUAAUUGGUAUCCCUAUUCAACAUACUCGCAACCUGCUCAAAUGCUUCCAUACGAUCCUUCAAACUCGUCACAGUUCCCAGCCUUGGACCAUCAAACAGUCCAACCGGCUUUGGCAAACAUCAUUCCGCCCACGCCUCAGGACAUCCAACGAUCCCCGUUCGACUUCAACUCCGCUCCAAGCACUCUACCGUCCAACCACCAUUUGACCGCCUCGCCGUCUUUCUCCCAGGUGUCACGUCACAGCUCCCAUAGUCAUCGAAGCAGUAUUUCUUCAAUGUCGAGGUCGUGCUCUCCCAGCGCGACUUCCUACCAGCAACGAGCGAGAGCCCUUUCCGGAGACCACUUCGAUCUCCGGGGAUCGCUACGUUCCAACUCCACUUCAUCCAACACUUCGCUGCAUGCUUACGGCAUCCCGGUGAAUGAAGCCCCACUGCUACUACCCUCGACAUCAUUAAGUCCCCAGUCUGGCUCACAAGGCCAAGCCUGGAGGUGUGCCUAUCCGGGUUGCACCUCACGCGCAACAUUUACUCGUGGGUGUGACCUUCGAAAGCACUACAAUCGCCACAGCAAACAUUUGUUCUGCCGUGUGGAAGGUUGUCCCCAAAGUGAGGCAGCAGCCGCCGGCCGUGCAAAAUCUUCUGAUCAGCCACUCAGCGGUGGUUUCAGCAGCAAAAAGGACCGAGCGAGGCACGAGGCCAAGCAUAACCCGGGGAUCAAAUGUGAAUGGCGUGGUCCCGAGGGUGAGGAAUGUGGUCGAGUCUUUUCUCGGAUGGAUAACAUGAAAGAUCACGUCAGACGGAUACACAAUAAAGGCCAAUCUCAGCAACAGCAGCAAAUAAGUCCGAGGCACAGUCAUGGGCAAGGCCCAAGUCGCAAAUAA